AUGGAUGCGUCGGAGUCAUCGCGUGGACGGGCGCGUCGGGCGGCGCGAGGGCGGAGACAGAGGGGGGAGAGCGAGGAGACGGGAUCGCGGGCGCGGGCGCGGACGGCGGCGGAGACGACGCGGGCGACGCGCGCGGUGAAGAGACGGACCGCGGUUCGGGAUCUGACCGAGACGCCGACGGCGGCGGAGGAGACGAUAACUUAUGGGAAGGCGGCGUCGAGGGAUCCGAGGAAGGCGGCGGAGGAGAGGGAGAAGUUGUGGGCGCGAUUGGGAGCGACGAAGAACGGCGCGAGCGGGACGAGUUACGCGCACUUGCUCGACGGCGGCGCUCGAGCGCACGGGGGGUCGGCGGCGUCGACGUCGGGGACGAGAUCUCGAGGGAGUAAUCGCGCGGCGUUACGCCUGGGGUUCGCGGCGCAUCGCGAGAGGUUCGCCAAGGGGCUGAAGUGCGAGCUCGAGGAAGAGAUGGCGCUCUCGGAGAAGCGUCUGAACACGUGGACGCUCGAGAGACUGGUGAGCGAGGGGUACGCGAUCUUGGGGAUGCGAGCGAGGUACGAGGGAAUGCUUCAGAGGGAUGCGCUCGUGCGGUUGACGAUUCCGUUCGCCGAUGCGUCCGAUAUGAGUCCCCUCGGACGCGAGCUGCCGUACCAUCGUUUCACGACUGGCGACAUGGUGCAGAUGAGCGAAGGUGACGAGCACGACGCCGCGGGUGGGAUCACGGGCGUCGUCGCCCUCAGAUCGAUGCACUUCAUCACUGUCGCCGUGCACGAAGACGAUCUCGCGCGCUUAAUCGAGACCGGGUCGAAAUGGAGGGUGGACCUGAGCGCGAACACGGUGGCUCACGACCGCUCGCUCGCCGCGCUCGUCGCGUUCUCCGAACCAGGAGGCAUGCCUGGUUCGUCGGCUGCACCACGACGGACGGAUGACCGAAAGAGCUCAACGUCGUACUCGAUUUUGCAAAGAGCGUUACUUGGAGUGCCCGAUGAAAAUGGGACUCUUGAGCAGUUGGCGAACAUGCCGCCGCAGUGGGCGGGCAAAGAGCAAAAACAAAAUCUGGCAGCGGCGAUCAAGCUCGUUCGCGAUCCGCUCAAUCCGAGCCAGCGCGUGGCGGUAAAGAGCGCGACGAGCUCUUCGCUCGCCGUGUGGCAGGGUCCGCCCGGGACAGGUAAGACGCGAACGCUCAUAGCGUACAUCGGCGCAGCGGUACAUCUGGCGUCGAUACAGCGCCGACGAGGCAAAGGGCCGGUUGUUCUCGCGAGUGCCGCGUCAAACGUCGCCGUCGAUAACAUCCUCGAAGGUUUAGCGAAGGAAAAAUUCGUCAUCGAUGGUCGGCCCUUGCGAGUGGUUCGCCUGGGAGCACCAGCAAAAGUACAACCAUGGCUCCAAGAGCUCACCCUUGAUGCGCAAAUUGCACAGCACCCUCUUGGAAGACAGGCGGCGGCUAUGCGUGAUGCCAUCAGAGGUUUAUCGGGGCCAGCAUACGCUCGUCAGCGUAAACAAGCCACGCAGCUUGAGCUCACGGCGGCGAAAAGCAUUUUGAAGUCCGUGGAUGUUGUGUGCUCAACUUGCGUAGGUGCCGGCGAUGACUUACUGGAAGAUCUCACCUUUCCUGUUACCGUUUUGGACGAAGCCACGCAAUGCACGGAGCCAGCGGCACUGAUUGCUCUGAGUAAAGCGCUCAGUGCUGUGCUCGUGGGUGAUUCGAGACAAUUACCACCCACGGUUGUGUCCCGCGAUGCGGUUGAUGCCGGCCUUCAGAUUUCCAUAUUUGAGCGCAUGGAGAGACUCGGAGUGAAGGUUUCAUUACUCGAUUUACAGUAUCGCAUGCAUCCACUCAUCGCAGAAUUCCCGUCCCAGGCGUUUUACAGUGGCAAGGUGGGAUCGGCGCCAACACCGCAGGACCGUCCGAUCGUGCCCGGAGUCGCUUGGCCGAAGCCGAACGUCCCUGUGGUCUUUUUGGAAAUUAACGAUGCGGAAUGUCGAGCUCCGGACGGUAACAGUCUUUACAACGUCGAAGAAGCAAAGACUGCUAUCACGGUGGUGAAGAAAAUCCUCGCCUCCGGCGAUUUGGCCGGGCCCGGCGACAUUGGCGUCAUUUCUCCGUACGCCGCACAAGUUCGCCUGUUGCAGGAAGAAUACGGCGUUCUCGGGACCGCAAAACGGAAUUAUCUGGAUUACACCGACGAAGAUAAAAUGAAAGAGCUAGAAAUUCGCUCCGUGGAUGGAUUUCAGGGCAGAGAGAAGGAGGUUAUCGUUUUGUGCACCGUUCGAAGCAACACAGGAGGCGGCAUCGGUUUCGUCGACGAUCCUCGCCGCUUAAACGUCGGGAUCACACGGGCACGACGUGGACUCAUCGUCCUUGGAAAUCGUCGCACGUUAUCGACAAAUGAGAUUUGGCGCAAGUGGUUCAAGUGGAUCGACCAAUACGGAUGCGCGCUCGGUGAUUACAAGAAUUUCAUCGGCCGAUGA